AUGAAGUGCACAGUAUUAUCAAGUAUAGUUUUUGUUGUAGCCGCUAUUCUUUAUGGAGCUAGCUACGCUUUUGUUGCGAAAGGAUUGAAGUACUUCUCCGCAGGAUUAUUCCAGACUUUUAGAAUGCUUUUCGGUUUUAUUUUCACUGUCGGAUUACUUAUUGUUAGAUAUAUUAUUAAUAAAGAUGGCGUUUACAGACAAAUCGUCAAGGCACAUUUUACAAGCGGAGUAAUGCCAAUUGUUUGGAUGCUGAUUGACGGGCUUCUAAACUUAGGUACUCCUCACUGUUUAAUUGCUGUUGCACAAAAGUGGGUAUCUUCAGCCGAUGUCCAACUUAUGCUUCCAAUAUCUACUGGCGCAGGAGCAAUUUUAGCUCAUUUUGUACUUUCCGAUGAACCCUUUACAUGGUGGAAACUUUGGUCAAUUCUUGCAUCAAUUGCCGGUGUUGCAUUAUGUGGCGUACCAUCAUUUAGACAUGCAGAAUCAACUGGUGCAUCCAUUAAGCAAAUGUGUCUUGGGUAUUUUUUAGUUUUCAUAUCCGUUAUUAUGUUUGGUAUUGCCCCAGUAUUUUACAAAUGGAAGUGCCCUAAUUCAGAUGUCACUACAGGUGUCGCGAUCCAACUAUUUGCGUCAGUACUUUGGAAUGCUAUUUGGAUGCUUUGCUUUGAUGGCCCAAAGAAUAUAACCCAAAUGGUAAAUGAUGCCCCUCCAAUUGCAUGGCUGUGGCCAGUUAUGGUUGGCGUUUUGGUAUCAGGUGUUGCCGUUCAAUGUCUUCUUUACUUAGUUACUGCUUUGGGCUCAUUUGGAACUAACUUAGUUCCAUUUGGUCAAUUAAUCACUGGUGUCAUUGUUGGCGUUGCAUUCCUUCAUGAAUGGGAUGCUUAUAAGAAAUGGGAAAUUGGAAUUUGCUGUGUUGGAAUUUUAUUCAUUAUUUUGUCACUCGCUUUUGGAUUUGUUCAACCUAAAGCCAAAAACAAUGAAGAAGAAGAGGAAAAGGGAGAAACUGAGCACAGGAAUGAAGAAGAAGAUGAAAAUGAUGAGCAACUUGCCGAACUUUAA